AUGGCAGUCAACAACGAUACGAGCUUUUCUUCCAAUAGUGCAUCAGCAAGUCUCACAGGCGAAGAGAUUGCUGAACACGAGAAAGCUCUAGAAGAGCUAUCUAAGCUUGAACGCCAGUUCGCAAGAGUUGAACUUGACCAGCAAAGACGGAAAGAACAUGCCCUUCGACCGCUCUAUGCCAAACGACAACAGAUCAUCUCUCGAAUUCCAGACUUCUGGUCUACCGUUUUCCUAUGCCCGCCUCCUCAAAUCACACAAUACAUCCAACCCUCAGACAUCGACCUUCUAACUCACAUCACCUCAUUUCGAGUUGAACGCCCGGAGAUAAGCGAAUCAGGCACCAACGGCGACCCCCGUAGCCUUCGCAUAACCUUCGAGUUCGGUCUGAAUGACAUAAUCGAAGAUAAGAAGCUGGUGAAGGAGCUGAGGUAUCGCCAUGCGAAAAAGGGAAGCAGGGAAGGCCUCGUGUCAGAUCCAGUGCCGAUAAAGUGGAAGAGCAGGAAGAAAGAUCUGACACGUGGUCUCGGGCCAUGCGCUGUGUCAUUGUUUGAAGCAGAGAAGGCGGUUAGGUUACAAAUUAAUGGAGAAGAAGUCGAUGCUGUGAGUCGCGAAGGCCUGUGGCAGAACGAAAGGGUGUUGCAAGGACUCCGGACGAUGGAGGAGCUUGGAGAGGAGCGGUUGGGGUUCUUUGCUUGGUUCUAUUAUCGAGGCGUGGACUUGUCCGCGCCACAUGCCGGAGCAGAUGGUCAAGAGGCUGAGGAAGAUGACGCGGAAAGUGAUGACGGCCUGAGAGACGUCGAGAUCUAUCCUGACGGAUACGAUCUGGCGAACUUUCUAGCCGAGCAUUUAUGGGAGGACGCUGUGGAUAUUUAUGUCGAAGCUUUGAAGCCGCCCGAGUCAGAUCUAGACGACGAGACCCGUGAUACACUGGAUGAUGAGAUAUCAAACUCCACCAAGACUUCCCUUCCAAGCAGUAAAGAGGUUGGGCUAAGCCUGGCUGCUCGGACAGAUGGUGAAACGACACGGAACGGCAUGCCAAAUGAGACGGCCGAGGGUGCAAGGCCAGGGAAGAAGCGGCGAAGAUCGUGA